AUGGACAACACCACCUUCGCCCCUACCCUCCCUCCUCUCCCGUCUUACACGCUCCGCCCGCUUCCGCCGCUCGUCCCCUGGCUCGAAGACAAAUAUCUGACGCUCCUCCUCCCCAUAAUCGCCUACUGGGCCGUCAGCCUCUUCUUCCACAUAAUCGACACCUACGACCUCUUCUCGCCCUACCGCCUACACACGCCCGAGGAGCUUACAAAGCGCAACCAUGUCAGCCGGCGCGACGUCCUGCGCGAUGUGCUCGUACAGCAGGUUAUACAGACUGCGUUCGGGGUUGUGUUGGGGAUGCUGGACCCGGUGACGAUGACGGGGAGCGAGGACUACGAUAUCGCGGUGUGGGCGCAAAGAAUACGCAUCGCGCAGAGGGCGGUGCCCGGUUUGUUGGGCGCGGUGGGGCUCGACGCGCAAGCGCUGGCGAAGAAAAUUGGGAGCGCGUAUCCGAUGGCCGCGGGAGCAUUGGCGGGUGGACAGUAUCCGGGGCUUGUACAAACAGCGACGAUUGAGGGGACACAGACGCUCGUGCCCGCAUUCGCAGGCUGGGAGGUUCAACUCGCGCGAGCAAUCUACCACAUUGGCGUCCCCGCGCUCCAAUUCCUCCUCGGCGUGCUCAUCGUCGACACAUGGCAAUACUUCUGGCACCGGGCCAUGCACAUGAACAAAUGGAUGUACACGGCCUUCCACUCACGGCACCACCGCCUCUACGUCCCGUACGCCUACGGCGCCCUCUACAACCACCCGAUCGAGGGUUUCCUCCUCGACACGCUGGGUACAGGGCUCGCGUACCUCGCCGCCGGCAUGACGGUCCGCCAGUCCAUGUGGUUCUUCACGCUGUCAACCAUCAAGACGGUGGAUGAUCAUUGCGGAUACGCGCUGCCGUUUGACCCGCUACAGCUGAUUACGUCGAACAAUGCCGGCUAUCAUGACAUCCAUCACCAGAGCUGGGGCAUCAAGACGAACUUCUCCCAGCCGUUCUUCACGUUUUGGGACCGCGCGCUUGGGACGAUGUGGACGGGUGGUGAUGUCUCGGCAAGAUACGAACGCACCCGGCGCACGGUGCAGAAUCGCGCGAACAAGGAUAGGCCCACUCCGACCUUCCAGCCGAAAGCGAACGCGCAGGAUGCUGAGGACGAUGGCAUCUAUGUCGCGGGCUCGGAGGCGGCGCCGCGGCUCUCGCAGGACAUGAGGGAUGCGACGAUACGGAACGUGCCGGAAGGAAAGGCGAGGAGGCAGGCGCUGGCGAGCAGGGAGAUGGUGGUGGAGGUUGAGGGCGAGGAGUUUGCGAAACGGGCUUUCAAGGAGGAGGCAGAGGAGGAGCGGAAGGAGGAGAAGAUGCUGAGGAGUAGUUAUAGUGGCAGUACGAGCAAGGAGUGGAAGACGGAGGCGAGUCUCAAGGGCGUGCGGGAGAGGGUGGAUCGGAGUUUGAGGGGACGGGGGGGUAAUGUGCUGGGGGUUGAGGGGAGGAGGUGA